AUGUCAACAAUAUUGCGCACGAGCAGGUGCCUGUGCACACUGCCCCAUAGAAACCUGGCAAUACGAAGCGCUGCAGCUCUUGGACGGCCUCUCUCUAUCACAGCUGCUACAGCAUCUCGGCCUCUACAAUCUCAUUCGCAUCAACAGAAACGAUGGCACGCUGCAGCACCCGUCGACCAUCCCUCUUUGGCUUCCAAGAUUCCACAUCAGCCACCACCAAUAAAGAAUGCAAAGACAUCUCAGUCAGCAGCCAAGCCGCCGAGGGGUCAGAAAGCCGCACCGUUGCAAGUUCCACGCAAUCAAGUCGGUGUUCAGCUGCUCCCUCGCCGGCUACACGAACAGCUCUUUCCACCGACCAUGCAGCCUGUACCACCCGUUGCAACCAAGGCGCUCAACAUCUGCCGCGAUCAUCUCAAUCAACAUGGUCUCAAGGCGUCGGAUGCGUCCACCUUGCCACAGACCUCAUUCGACUUGCCACCAUUGCAAGGCAGAGACCUCGCAGAACACUUUUGGAGCUUAGGCCGACAAGUGGCACAGCCAUGGCUCGGUAUGGCCUUCCGGCUUGCAGAUCUCAAGCUCACAGAAUCACCAGAAGAGCUCGAAGACGCACACUCGGGCAAAAUUGAGACCGCAGCUGACGACUUUCGUUUCGAAGCUAGCGAAUGGCUCAAGCUCGACCCAGCCUUACGCACUCCUGGCCAUUUGAAACCCGUCAACUGGUCCAUCGAGCCUGGAUGGACCAAGUAUUCCAUCCUCCGAUCAGAAGAUGGCUCAGCUUCCGCACUAGGCCCUGGCGUCAGUGUUCCAUACCCGGACAAGGAAGACGAUAUGCUCGUGUUUGAUGUCGAGACAAUGGUGCAGGAAGGUCCUUUUCCCGUAAUGGCUACUGCUGCCGGUGCGAAAGCGUGGUAUAGUUGGCUCUCACCUUGGCUUGUUCAGCGAGGCGAUUAUCAUUGCAAGAACCAUCUCAUCCCACUUGGACCCAGCGGCAAGCAUGAUCGAGCACGUCUCGUUGUAGGUCACAACGUCUCCUACGACCGAGCCAGGACUCUGGAAGAAUACACACUCGACCUUGGCUCGACAAGAUGGCUUGACACCAUGUCACUGCAUGUUGCGACACGAGGUAUUUCCUCUCCACAACGCCCAGCAUGGAUGAAGCAUAACAAGGCAAAGGCAGAGAAGCGUGCCAAGAAGUUGCUCGAUCAGGCGGCGCUCAAGGAAGAGACACGAAGAGCCAUCGAGAAUGCAUUAUCAGGUCUCGAGUACGACUCGGACCAGCUCGAAGGUCUCAAGCUCGAAGGCUUGGCUGCAGAUGCUGUCCACUUGUCUUCAAGCGCCCCUUCCUCAGAUGCUGCCGGCGUAGAUGGCACUGACGUCGCUGUAUCGCCUUCAGCACUCGACAUGCCUUUCAGCGAUGAUGAGGCUGGAGGACUCGCUUCUCGUCUUUCGACGCCCACCACAACCGAGUCACAAUGGCUGGAAGAGACUUCCAAGAACUCGCUCGCCGACGUCGCCCGCCUUCACCGCAUUCCGAUGAAAGUAUCCAAAUCAGCCCGUGACGUCUUUGUCAAUGGCACUUCCCGCGAAGAGAUUCUGAAAGAUGUCCAGCAUCUUCUCACCUACUGUGCCUCGGACGUUGUGGUCACUCACGAGAUCUUCCGCCGCACUUGGCCUGACUUUGCAGCCCGCUGUCCUCACCCUGCGACAAUGGCCGGCGUCUUUGGUCUCGGUUCUACUUUCCUCCCCGUUGAUGACGAAUGGAUGGACUACCAGAGACGCUGCGAUGAACAAUUCAAUCGCAUCAACGAUCAGGUACAAAAGUGUCUUGUCCAUCUCGCAGAGAAGCUAAGAGACAAAGGCACAAAGGACCUCCCAUGGAGUCUCGCCGCCAAGAUUGCGGAAGAGAGGUCACAAAUCACAGACCCAGAACAGAACGAGCCCGUGUUCCCGGACCCUGACCGCAAGAGGGCUUGGUGGGAAGACGACGCAUGGUACUCUCAGUUGGAUUGGACACCUAAGAAGCCCAAAAUGGCCAAAGUCUCUGUUGAGCAAGGCGGCACCGGUAACGUCGUCCAGCCACGUUCUGACUUCUCUGUACCGACAUGGUAUCGAGACGGUGUCUUGCGGAACAAAACCAAAGACGGGUUUUCACCCAAGAGCAUUAUUGCUCAGCAGCUGUUGCGACUACGCAUUGACGGGAAAGCAGUGCUCAAGAGCGAGCCAAGAGGAUGGAUGCUUGAAGAUGCAACAGCGCUGGUCGGGAGCAAUCUCUUUGCUGCGACAGCACUGAAGCGCUAUGGCAGUCAGAUAACAAGCAACGCAGGUCCCACCGGGUCGCACAUCCUCUCCGCUAUUGUCUCUGGUGAAUCUUUUUUGUCGCCAGACGAGAUCAACAGCAAGCUACGCGAACUAGCCGAUGCGGUCAAGGAGCUUCCAAAAGAAGACAUACAAGCAGAUGCACAGCUCGCACAGCUUGAUUGGUCGCUAAAAGACAUCCGUCUCGAAGAAGUGACUGCUUUGCGUGGCAGCAGAGACGCAACCCCGGAUUCAGACUCCGAUGGUAUGGCAUCAGCCGAACUCAAUACCAUCGCCGAACCUGCCUGGUGGCCAAAAUGGUACUGGGAUCUGUACAAGAGCGCUACGGGUGAGCUUCAGGUCACCAUUCGCUCAGCAAUUGCUCCGAUCCUACUCAAGAUCUCGUGGCGAGGAUGUCCUCUGUAUCGCAGUCGCGAGCACGGCUGGAUUUUCCGCCAUGACCCAUCCGAGGUGCCUGAACUCGUGACGAGACAAACACCCCUCUCCUUUGGUAUGGCAGCUGACGGCUUGAUCCAGCACCUCGCAGCACCUGUCGAAACGAAGGCGGUCAAGUUCAAGAAGGGCAGACCAGAGGAAAAGAGCUCGUCUAAAAGCGACUCGAGUGCGCCUCCUCUCAUUGUUAAAGCAUUCGGCAACUCGACGUUCUACAAGGUGCCUCACAGUGAAGGUGAAGGAGCCAAUGUCGGCAGUCCAUUCGCAAAGUCCUUUAUUGCGUACUUUGAGGAUGGAACGCUGCAGAGUCAGCAUCCCGAUGAAGUCGGUCGUACUGCUGCCAAGACUGCACUUGAACUCAAUGCUCAGUGUAGCUACUGGAUUGCGGUUCGAGAUCGUGUGCACAAGCAGAUGGUAGUAUGGGACGGUGAUGCUGGGACAUCGAUGAGGUACCCAAGUGGAGCAUCUGGUGCAAGACAAGAUAAAGACGGCGAAGCGAAUCGAAGAAAAGGUCUGAUUCUGCCACAAGUCAUCAGCAUGGGCACCGUCACACGUCGAGCCAUCGAGAAUACCUGGCUUACCGCCAGUAACGCCAAAAAGAACCGAGUUGGUUCGGAACUCAAAGCGAUGGUCAAAGCUCCUCCGGGCUACAGUCUUGUCGGAGCCGAUGUCGAUUCAGAAGAGCUUUGGAUUUGCAGUGUUAUGGGUGACGCUCAAUUCGGUAUUCACGGUGCCACUGCUGUUGGAUGGAUGACACUCGAAGGUACCAAAGCCCUUGGUACGGAUCUUCACUCCAAGACGGCCUCGAUUUUGGGUACCAGCCGAAACCAAGCCAAAGUGUUCAACUAUUCGCGUAUCUACGGUGCCGGAAUCAAGCACGCUACUCACCUUCUCCUCAAAGCCAAUCCCAGCGUCACCAAUGAAGAAGCUACACAGAAAGCCAAAGAGCUCUACAUGGCAACAAAGGGUCAGAACACCCACACGGACGAGUUCUUCGGAGCCAAGUUUUGGUUCGGUGGCACAGAAAGCUACGUCUUCAACAAGCUCGAAAACAUUGCUCUGUCCGACAACCCCAAGACACCUGCUCUUGACUGCGGUGUGACGAAUGCGUUGACGAAGAAGUUUCUGGGCAAAGUGGACUUUGGCAAUGGUCGAAUGUCGGAAGAGUACAUGCCGAGUCGUAUCAACUGGGUGGUGCAGAGUAGCGGUGUCGACUAUCUGCAUCUAUUGAUUACUGCGAUGGAGUGGCUGUCGAAACGGUACGACAUCGAUGCGAGGUUCAUGCUGUCAGUGCAUGACGAGGUGAGGUAUCUGGUGAAAGACAAGGAUAGGUAUAGGGCGGCAUUGGCGCUGCAGAUCGCCAACAUUUGGACUAGAGCCAUGUUUGCUUUCAAGCUGCAGAUGGACGAUCUUCCGUUGGGAUGCGCUUUCUUCGCACAGGUAGAUAUCGAUAAGGUGCUAAGGAAGGAGGCGGAUGAUCCGUGUGUGACGCCGUCUCAUCCUGAGGCGAUCCCGGUGGGUGUCGCAAUGGAUAUCGAGCAGAUUUUGAAGCAUACCAAGGGGUCUCUGCACAAAGAUGCAGCUACGCGUAUACAGCAGAACGAGCAAGGGCAGACGUCGGAGAGCUCUUUCCCGCCAUACGUACCCUCAACGCAGGUCCAUCGCUCGCUUGGAGAACGCGGACUGUACUUCUUGCAGGCUCAGGCAUCGAAGGAAAUGGCUGAGAUCAGGGCUCUAGAAACGAGAGCAAAGAUUACAGAACGUCCAGCAGAUGCGCCAGUUCCUCCUGUACGAAUCUCUCGUACACCGACUGCUUCUGGAGGUGAUGCGAGUCAGAACACAGCUUUCUCGUCUACAAAGUCGCGAAGCACAGCUGUCACCCAGAGGUCUUCGCCCUCGUCCCCACAAUCUUCGUUUGACGAAGAUGCUUGGAUUCAAAGCUGCGCAGAAGAAGCCGAAGCGUCAAAGCCUGCUCGUCGUCGUCGAAUCGCGUCUACAAGCGGUAAGGCUACAAGCAGCGCCCGUAGGGGCGGAGCACGAACGACAACAGAUCACAUGCAAGCGAUACCUUCAAAGUCAAGCUUCAGCACGUUUGCGCCGACGCAUCAGCCAGCGGAGAGCUCGUCAGCAACAGCCAGCUCCGACAGCCUGGACGCUCUUGCAUUCGCCGCAUACCUUCCUCGACGCGCGAUUAAGAAGAGGAUGCCUUUCUUCCGGGAGCCAUCCCACCGCAACCUGGUGGUCUGGCAGCUCUACCGUCCGCUUCUCCAGCAAUGCCCAACAUCAUGUCCGGCACUCAGACAAGAGAUUAAGAUAGUGAUGCGCAGGAAGAAAGGCCUGACUUCCCAAUCCAAGGUAGCUGAACUCGUUCAACAGGCCCGCGACCUGUUGCAUCUCUUUCAGCUUGCUGCUGCCGGCGACGCUACCGCUCAGUCUACCCUCGCUGAUCAAGAAGAAAGACUCUCAAGCCGCAAUCACCGUCGAUCAUGGAACUCGUUCUGGGCAAGCAAAUUGCACGAGCUCAAAUAUCCCCCUCGCAUCCCUCACCACUCUGGCGCACUCCUGCCCCCCACGAUCUACAACUGUCCACUACCGCGCUACAAACCAGUCCAACCGGUCGGUGUCAGCAUGAUGAUCUACCGUCGUCGUGUAGCCCGGAUGAAACGAUCGGAGAGACGGAUGGAAUUGAACGAGAUUAUGGCUGCUCAACGAUCCGAGGCUCAAUUGAUGAAGCAGGUGUUGGACGGGCUAAGCGGGUCGCAAACGGCGAGUGCGGGGUGGGAAGGGUUCGAGGUAGAAUUCAUGAAACAAGUGAAAGAAAUUCAGGAAGGCUUCGAAAGAGAUCAGAGGAGAAGCGAGAUGAAGUUUGAUCGGAAGACACUGGUGUUGGCUAAGAGGGCUAGGAGGGCGAAGAAGAGGGCUCAUUUGGCGAGGAAGUAUAGGGUUGCUAUGGAGAAGUGGAGAAGUAGCAAGGCUCAGAAGGAUGGAUGA